AUGCUACUAGAAGAUUUGUACAAGUAUGUGGACCACGCACUUCAUGCUUUUGACUACCCAAACGAAGCGUCAUUAUUUCCUUAUAAAGUAUGCCAUCCAAAGCCACCACUCAAGCAGGAUACAGUUAUCGAAUUCUGUGUCCAGGAUGUGUUUAUCACUUGCAACAUCUACACACUGGAUUAUAGCCAUACAAAGCAUAACAAUAAGCUAGAUAAGAAUAGCUCGGUAGUGACAUAUAAGGAUAAACAAGUUUUGAUUGUAGAUCAAAUCAAGACACAGACUCAGUCAGCGAUGUUAACCGAACUCAAAGGGUCACUCAAGUUAAUGCUUGAGUUAUGUCAAACGCAUAAACAGAUGUUACUUCAAGCCAAGUAA